AUGAAACUGCUUGGAUGUAAACAACUAAGUUUGUAAAGCUUCAAAUCGUCAAAAUAUAUCAUAGAUGGACGGGACAAGUGAAAGCAGGUUGUCGUUACGCAGUGCUAAGUCAGGUAAAGAAAAUGAAGAGUUGCCAUCAGAAAAAGAUGUGGACUCAUUUGGAAAAACUCCUCUGCACAUUGCCUGUACAUAUGGCCAGAUCUCCAUGGUAGAGAAAUUAUUAAAGCGAAAUCACAGCCCAAUAUCUAAGACAAAGACAGGGCGCACACCCCUACAUGAGGUGUGUGUAGGGGGACACAAGGAAUGCCUGCGACUGCUGCUACAGAAUACCCCGGAGGUCAAUAUAAGAGACAGGGACGGUCAGACCCCCGCCCACGUGGCCGCCUUCAAUGGGGAGCUGGGCUGCAUCAAAAUACUCCAGGAUAAAGGAGCAAAUCUAAUAGCUGAGGACCACAGAGGUAGACAGGUGGCCCAUUUUGCAGCCAUGAGAAACCAUAAAAAGAUUCUACAGUUUCUGUUUGACCAGGGAAUAGACUUGGACUGUCGCUGUGAGAUGGGGAAAACACCUGUACAUUACGCUGCACAAUAUGGAGCCCUGGAGUCUGUGAUCCUGCUGGUACAGAGGGACUGUGACAUCACACUGACUGACAAUAAUGGCUACCUGGCCUCCCAUCACGCCGCCAGGCAUGACAAACUGGAUUGUUUACGCUUCCUGGUCAAGCAGGGCUCCAACAUAGAGGCCACUCAGGCUGAUGGAAAAUCCCCAUCACAUGUGGCUGCACUCCAUGGAGCCAUCAAUGUGUUACACUGGCUGUUUGAAAAAGGAGCAGAUCCCAACAAACAAGAUUAUUUUGGGAACACCCCUGGACAUUAUGCCUCUGAGGGAGGAUUUCCAGAAUGUCUCAGUUGUUAUCUCUAUCAUGAAGGGGACAUUGAAAAUCAGAACAUUAAGGGGGAUACUCCACUAGACUCAGCCAAAAGGGCGGGCCAUCCAAUACUGAUGCAGAAAGCAUUGAACAAUGAGGUACCCUGUAAAACAUGUUUCCAAAAACACAAGAAAGCGGAGUGGGAGCGACUACAUCCACCAGCUAAUGUAGAGAGACAGAUCACCACGGCUAAAUCUGUAGCCUACAAAAAUCCUCUGCCUAAAACUGAGAAAGUUCCAACACAGCUGGAAAUAAAUAUGAUGAAGAGAGAAAAGAGAUUAGAGAAACUAAUGCCAAAACCCACAGGCCCCAAGCGAAAUGUCUCGGCUCAGUAUUAUGGACAUUAUCUCGAUCCCAACGAAGUCUUUAAAUUCAAGGCCUCUGAGGAAGCCAUCAGAUUCUAACCAGAAACAAUUCAAUAAUUUUUGUACAGAUUUGCUUUGUGAAGUGCAUGUAAGAGACCAGCAUUUUCAAGUCACCAAAGUGACUUGUGUGACUUUAUUGCUUUCUGUUUCUGUUGCCAUCUGUUGCUGUAUGUUGUCUGUAAAAUUUUGAAAAUGUUUAGGUUCUUCUCAAAAAUGGCUCAACUGAUUUUGGCUGAGGGAGAACUAUAAUUGCAAAAUCCAUAUGUUCCUAGUCUUUUAGAACAUGUGAGAGACAGAUUGAAGGCAUAAAAAUUUCAUAUACUACUUGACAUCUACAGACUUUUUUGUUGUUAAUCUGUAGCAAACAUAAUGAAGUUCUUGGCCCCUGAGUUCAAGGAAUGGGAAUUAAGAUAGUGCUACAUGUUAGUUGUCCAUCUCUGGAAAAUAUCUUUGAAAAGUUCGGUCAUAUAUGAAAAAAAAACAUUAUACAGUUCAACUUUAUAAUUUUUCUGUGAUAUUAAGCAGGGGAACUGUUUGCUUGAUGGAAGUACUAGUAAGUUAUGCCCUUUGUCAAAUUUUGAAAUGUGCGCCAGGAAAGCUCAGGCCCUGUGUUUCUCUAAGCUUAUCAUAUAUUUAAAAUGUAUUACCAUAUUAUAAGUGGAAAUUUUAGCGAGACGCAAAUUUAGCAAUUUGUCCUUAAAAAUUGGUAUAUUCUAUUUUUAGCGCGAUGUAAUUUUAGAGAUUUAAAUU